GAACAUAAUUCGGUUUCAUUUGCUUAGAAUAUUUUAUGUCAUCAUUAUCGUUUUGUCGAGCAUUUUACAAUUUUCAUAAUUGGUAAAAUACGCGGUAGAUGUGCUUUUUGUCGAUGUAAUUGCGUUGAGACAAAAGACAAAAGCAAGAAGAAAAGUUUGCAAAAAAGCUGCCGCGCAGCAAGCUACUUUUCCUGUUACGUUAGCUGUACAAUGUACAUUAUCGUCGUUAUUUCUUGGUCAGAGAAUACAUUGCGAGACUGUUCAUGGAAUUAAAGCAUUUUCAAAUAAUGAGUUUGGUCUCAACUUCUGUAUCGUUGUACCACGCGACAUAUAAUAGCAAUUGAUCCAUGUUCACUUGAGAGGGGACGCACCUUGUGGGGUUACACUUGGAAAAACGGACAGUGCAUUCUCAUUUCCCUUUCAACUUGAGUACCGAUCACAUGUGCUGAAACUAAUUAUUAUUUUCAUAAAGUUUUCAAAAUCAAAGGCAAAUGACAGUCACAAGUACCAUUAGUUUAGCCGUAAUAAUUUGUCUUCGAUUUUUUGGUUUUUGGCCGGGUGUGCCAUAUUCCACCAUUUAUUGGCUGAGUUUUAUGUUGAGCAUACUGGUUACACAGUACUUCCAAUAUUUAUAUGUAUUUGAUCACCUGAAGGUCAGCGAGUUGUCAAAUCUUGUUGACUGUUUGAUUGUGACUUUAUAUUACAGUUUGACAUUUCUUAAAUUGGCUAAUUUGUGGAUACGUCGUCGAGUCCUUCAUCAAAUUUUAACGGAUAUGGAUGAUGAUUGGCGCAAGUGCGUCAAUGACGAUCAGCAUUUGCAUAUAAUGACGAUCAAAGCUAAUGUGUCGCAUUUCUUUUCUAACGGUUUCUUGAGCUUUACAAUGAUAGCGGCAAUACUUUACAUUUGUGGCGACUACAUAAUUCGUUUUAUAUUUGUAACUGAGCAUUACAAUGAUACUGUACGGCAGCUUCCUAUAAAGAUACAAUUGCCUUUUGAAACUGAACAAUCGCCGAUGUUUGAAUUUCUCGUUAUAGCAAUAACUUUACAUGUAAUGUUACAUGUUUGCAUGAUUAGUAUUCUGAAUGGAUUGAUCUUUACUUUGGUGCUCCAUCUAAGCGGACAAAUUGAUAUAAUAUGUCAAGAAUUCAGAAAUAUUUCCAAGAAUACUCUUGUUCAUAGAUCUUCCAUACAUUCGUUUGGAAUGCUUAUCGAGAGGCAUAACAGAAUUCUUUCAUUUUCUGAGAACAUGGAAAAACUUUUCUCCUUGUUCUCGUUAUUGCAAAUUUUUUGGAAUACAGCAGUUGUUUGCUGUCUUGGAUUUGUCUUCAUAAUUUCUAUUCACAAUGAAACUGGUGUUGUCGCCUUAGUGAAAACCAUGUUUACUUACCUUGCCGUAGCAAUGGAAGUUUUUAUGAUUUGUUUUUCCGGAGAAUAUCUUAGCUCCAAAGGCAAAUCAAUUGCCAGGGCAACAUACGAGAUGCCAUGGUAUGAUAUGCCGUCAAAUCAGAGUAAAAUUUUAAUAUUCAUAAUGAUGAGAUCGCAAAAACGACUGGCAAUCACGGCAGGGAAGAUGAUGGAUAUGUCAUGUGAAACUUUUACAAGUAUUAUGAAAGCGUCAAUAUCAUAUGUAUCGGUUUUGUACGCUAUGUAUUGAAAUCAACAAACACGCAUGAUUUAUUUUCUGAAAUUAUUAAGUAGUUAAUAAGCUGUAAAGUUAAA